AUGGAAUCUCACAUACUAGUUCGUGUCCUAGUUUUCUCACAAAUUUUCCUAAGGUUUUGCUAUGCAAAUCAAGAAAGUUUUAUCCAAUGUAUGUCGAGUAAUCCUUCUUUAGGAUACAUCAAAAAAUUCGAUUUCAUCCACUCUCGAAAUUCUCUAUCGUAUCGCAGUCUCUUGCAGUCUGCAGAGCAGAAUCCGAGGUGGAUCAACUCGACAACCUUAGAACCAGAGCUCAUCAUCACCCCGUACAACGCUGGUGAGAUUCGAACCGCCAUAACAUGUUCCAAGAAGCACGGAUUCCAACUCAGGGUAAAGAGCGGGGGCCACGACUACGAGGGCCUAUCCUACACAUGUAAAACUCCGUACGUGCUCGUUGACCUAGUCAACCUCCGCUCGAUCAGCAUCCAUCUCGAGGAUGAGACGGCCUGGGUGCAGACUGGUGCUACACUUGGCGAACUAUAUUAUAAUAUAGCUCAAAAGAGCAAAGUCCACGCCUUCCCCGCUGGACUGUGCCCCAGCGUAGGCGUGGGCGGCCACAUCAGCGGCGGCGGAUUAGGCACGCUGGUCCGGAAAUACGGCCUGGCGGCAGACAACGUGAUUGACGCGUAUUUAAUGAAUGCUGACGGCGAGAUUCUCGAUAGAAAAUCUAUGGGCGAGGAUCUGUUCUGGGCCAUCAGAGGCGGCGGAGGGGCGAGCUUCGGGAUCAUCCUCGCGUGGAGGAUCAAGCUCGUCCGAGUCCCAGAAACGGUCACUGUUUUCACCGUGAAGCAGAAAUUAGACGGAGAGGCGGUUGAAUUGGUCCGAAAAUGGCAACUCGUCGCGAGCCAAUUACCGGAAAAUCUAUUCAUCAGAGUUAUUCUUCAACACAUCGCCGGGACCGGCGAAGCAAUCUUCAAUGCUCUGUUUUUGGGAAAUGCAGAGGAAUUGCUGCGGUUGAUGGAGAUGAGGUUUCCGGAAUUAGGGGUGAAGGAAGUAGACUGCAUCGAGAUGUGCUGGAUCGAAUCGGUGAUCUACUUCGCCGGAUUCGAAUCUGGCAGCUCGCCGGAGGGUUUGCUGGAUAGGAUUGUGAGGUACAAGAGCUCUUUCAAGGCAAAGUCGGAUUUCGUGCAAAAGCCUUUGCCGGAAUCCGCCUUGUCCGGCAUUAUUGAGAGGCUUGUGCGGGAGGAUAUCGCGUUCGCGAUCAUGGAUCCUUUUGGCGGGAAAAUGGAUGAAAUUGGGGAAAACGAGUUGCCGUUUCCGCAUAGGAAGGGUAAUUUGUUGAACGUACAGUAUUUGGUGAAGUGGAGUGGUGGCGAGGCGACGAGACACUUGGGCUGGAUCAGUGAGGUGUACCACUUUAUGGAGGGACACGUGUCUUCGUCGCCUCGCGGGGCUUACUUGAACUACAGGGAUCUCGAUUUAGGGUUUGGCGAGGGUGCGGAGUCGAGCUACUCGCGAGGUAUUGUGUGGGGGAGGAAAUAUUUCAAGGGGAAUUUUGAGAGAUUGGUGAGGGUGAAAACUAUGGCUGAUCCUCAUAAUUUUUUUAGGCAUCAACAAAGUAUUCCUAUUUUGUCAUCAUAG